GGAGGCGGCGGCGGCGGGCGGCCCGACGGCUCUCUUCCCGGCACGCAUGUUAGACCUGGCGAAGAUGCCGACCGACGGGCUGGGCCACCUCUCGGCCGAGGUGCUCUCGUCCCAGUCGCAGGCCAUGUACCAGUUCAACAAGUACUACGCCGAGCGAGUGCAGGCGCGCAAGGUGGCCAUCGCCAAGACGGUGCGCGAGGUGUGCAAGGUGGUGCAGGACAUCCUGAAGGAGGUGGAGGUGCAGGAGCCGCGCGUUAUUUCCUCGCUCACCGAGUGCAACGGCCGCUUCGAGGGGCUCGAGGUGCUCUCGCCCACCGAGUUCGAGGUGGUGCUCUACCUCAACCAGAUGGGCGAGUUCAACUUCGUCGACGACGGCACCAUCCCCGGCUGCUCGGUGCUCAAGCUGAGUGACGGCCGCAAGCGCAGCAUGUCGCUUUGGAUCGAGUUCAUCACCGCUUCGGGCUACCUGUCGGCGCGCAAGAUGCGCGCCAAGCUGCAGACGCUGUGCGCGCAGGCGUGCGACAAGUCGCACUACCGCGACUGCGUCAAGAUGAUCGGCGACACGACCGAGGUCAAACUGCGUAUCCGCGACCGCUACGUGGUGCAGGUGACGCAGUCGUUCCGCUGCGCCGGCGUGUGGCCGCGCUCAGCCGCCCACUGGCCCGUGCCCGGCAUCCCGUGGCCCAACCCCAGCCUGGUGGCUGAGGUCAAGGCCGAAGGCUUCGACCUGCUCAGCAAGGAGAGCCAGGCGAUCCAGAGCAAGCAGAACUCAAUGGAGGGCGACGCCUGGGUGUUGACGUUCAGUGAGGCCGAGAACCGGCUGCUGUACGGCGGCUGCCGGCGGCGAGUGCUCUCUGUGCUCAAGACGCUGCGCGACCGGCAUCUGGAUCUGCCCGGCAACCCCGUCACCUCCUACCACCUCAAGAUCCUGCUGCUGUACGAGUGCGAGAAGCACCCGCGCGAGCUCGAGUGGGACGACACAGCCAUCUACGACCGCAUCCUGGGCCUGCUGGUGCAGCUGAUCUCGUGCCUGCAGAACCGGCGCUGCCCGCACUACUUCCUGCCGGCGCUCAACCUCUACAAGGGCAUCUCGCCCGCCGCCAUGGACACGGCCGCCAAGCAGGUGUGGCGACUGCUCAGGGACAUCAUGUUCAACCCCAAGUCGCUGGAGAAGUUGUGAGAGGAGCGGCUGCGUGCGGGCGCCAGGGGCGGCAGGGUAGCGCGAGAGUUCCACCCCGGGACCGGUGGGCGGCGGGGAGCGCCGUGUUCGUCUGCCGGUCAGACGGAACGGCUGCGACGCACCAGCUGAGAACGAGGUGGGCGUGCAAUUGGGAGCGAGAAAGGGAGAGAGAUGGGGGAGAGCGGGGGGGGGGGGGGGAGGUGAGAGAAAGCGAGAUAGUGGGAUCGAUUGGUAAAUAAGGAGUUGCAAAACGAAUGGAAAUGAUAGUCAGUUCAGCCUAUAGGACCCUGCUGCAAUACGUUGGUGCACUGCAACACCCACGCAUAGACCUGUGAGUACGUGUUCGCCUGUCUGGCCUGUUCUCCGCCUGUGGAAAGACUCCCAGUGAGAACUCCAUGCCAGGAGAGUGAGGAGAGUCAUGCUAUUUAUUUUUUGUCUACGUAAAUACACCUAUUCAGAUGUGG